GACACAGUCGCCUAAUUGUCUUUAAGCAAGUACAACUCGUCGAAAAACACUAACCACUUCAAAAUGAAAUUCCUCAUUGUUGCUUUGGCUUUUGUUGCCUGCGCCUAUGCUGAUGUCUCCGAAUUGGGUUAUGACUACCAACAACCUGCUGCCCCUGCUCCAGCUCCCGUAGAACCCGAAAGAUCAUACAUCCCACCUGCAGCACCUGCUCCCGCACCAGCUCCAGUUAACACUUAUGUACCACCACCACAACCUCAACCCGCUCCUGCUCCCGUCAACACCUAUGUGCCACCAGCACCAGUUGCCCCUCAUGUAGAAGAGCCCGUUAACGCUUAUAUUCCCCCAGCACCUGUUGCUCCUGAACAACCUCUUGCUCCAGUUGAGGAAAUCGAACAAACCCCUGAAGAUGGUUACCGUUACAAGACUGUCCGCCGUGUUGUCUACAGAAACCGUGCUUAAAAACCAAAAAGACUAAACACCUUAUUAGUAAUUUUUUAGCUCAAAUUGUUAUAGAAAUUUUAAUGUUAAAAUAAAAAAACAAAAAAA